UCGCAACAACACCGACUCCUCUCUUCUUCUCUUUGUCUCUCUGUGUUCAGUUCAAGAGUAACAAUAAGAAAAACAAAGAACAAGAAAUAAGAAGUCCUGAAUAAAUUGAAGCCAUAGCCGAACCUCAAAACCCUAGCCUCCCAAUUCAAGGGUUUUUCAAUUUCCAAUUUUUUUAUUGGUAUGGAAGGCGAAGAAGAAGAGGCUUCACAUGUCCAUAAACCUCAUUCUAAACUCCAAGACGGCAGCGCGGCCAUGCUCGAAUCCGACCUUGACGACACAGCUACGCGGCUGCAAUGCGAUUCCGAACCCAAUAGUGAGUCUCCGCAACCAGCGGCCUCGGGAAAAAACGAUGGGGCAGUGAUUGAAGGAGUAGGGGAGGGAAAAUUGGAGGAGGAAGAGAAGAACGACGUGGUUGAAAUGCCAGAAGGGGAGGGGAAGAAGGCUUUGGCUUCUGAAAUGGUGGAGGAAGAUGGUAAGCAGGUUAUGGCGGAGGAAUCUUCCGUGGCGGUGGCGGUGGAGGUGGCUCCGGCAGUUGAUGAUAUUGGUGUGCCGGAGGAGGUUAAAAUUGAGUGUGCGGCUGAGGAGGAGUCCGAAGGGGAGGUGGCUGAUGCAGCCGAGGAGAAGGAGAACGAAGAUGUGGGAGAUGGAAUUGAUGGGAUGGAAGUUUCAAAAGAGGACGCUUCAGGGGACUCAGUGGAGGAUUCAGCCGAGAGAAUUGAAGUUACGGAGUACGAGGGUGUGACGAACAUGGCGGGAGAAACGAAUUUGGCUGCGCAGGUAAAAGAGACGGAGACGGUGAACGUGGCUGACGUUGAAGACAAAACUGUGAAGCAAGAGGAGGCCGAAGUAGAGGAAGAGGAGGAGAUUGGGGUCGAGGGAGAGAAGGAAAGGGAGGAAAUUGAGGCAGGAGGAGGUGAGGAAGAUGAGAAAGAGGAGAUUGAUGCAGAGGAAGAGGAGGACGAGAAAGAGGAGAUUGAGGAAACAGGAGAGGAGGACGAGAAAGAUGAUAUUGAGGCAGAAGGGGGGGAGGAGGAUGAGAAAGAUGUUGAUACAGAGGGAGAGGAUGAGGGUGUGCCUGGCAUGGUCGAUGAGACCAUGGAGACAGAAACAGCAGAGGAAGCGGAUGGUGCUGACGUGAUGGAGGAGACAACUGAGGCAGAGGGAGCUGAAAAUAUGGGUGAAGCUGAAGCAAUGGAGGUGGUAGUGGAGGAGGCUGGUCGUGGGAGCAGUAAUGGGAAAAGGAAACGGGGGAGGAAUCUUAAAGCUCCUGCGAAAGUCAGCUCGAGGAAAAAGUUGGAAGAAGACGUUUGUUUCAUUUGCUUUGAUGGGGGUGAGCUUGUCCUGUGUGACCGGAGGGGAUGUCCCAAAGCAUAUCACCCUUCAUGUGUUAACCGUGAUGAGGCAUUUUUUCGAACUAAGGGUCGUUGGAAUUGUGGUUGGCACCUUUGUAGCAUCUGUGAGAAGAAUGCACACUACUGGUGUUACACAUGUACCUUCUCCUUGUGCAAGGGGUGUAUUAAAGGUUCUACUAUAUUAUGUGUUCGAGAAAACAAAGGACUUUGUGAGCCAUGUAUGAGAACCGUCAUGUUGAUUGAAAAGAAUGAAGGAAACAAGAAUGCGGAUAAUAUAGAUUUUGAUGACAAAAGUAGCUGGGAAUACCUCUUUAAAGAUUAUUGGAUAGACUUAAAGGAGAAGCUAUCUUUGACAUCAGAGGAACUUGGUGAGGCAAAAAAUCCGUGGAUAGGAUCUGAUUCUCAUAAGCAGGAGUCAGCUGAUGAACCUUAUAACGCAAAUGAUGAUGUUGGCUCAGAUAGUGAUGGUUCCUCUGAUAACUUGGAACUUAGCAAUACCAAAAAAAGAAAGACUAAAAAACGCUUGAAGUCCCGUACCAAAGACAAGGACUCACGGAAGACAAUUACUGCAACUGCUUUGGGAGGGCAAUCUGCUGGUGACAGCAAUGCAUGGGCAUCAAAAGAACUCUUGGAGUUUGUUAUGCACAUGAGAAAUGGCGAUAUUUCCCCUCUGUCUCAGUUUGAUGUGCAAGCUCUCUUGCUAGAAUACAUAAAAAGGAACAAACUUCGUGAUCCUCGCAGGAAAAGUCAGAUCAUUUGUGACUCAAGGCUUGAAAAUCUGUUUGGAAAGCCACGUGUUGGUCAUUUCGAAAUGUUAAAGCUUCUUGAAUCUCAUUUUCUUGUAAAGGAAGAUUCCCAUACAGACGAUCUUCAAGGGAGUGUCGUUGAUACGGAAGCAAGUCAGUUGGAAGCUGAUGGGAAUGAUGAUGGUGUGGGGAGAAGUGGUAAAGACAAGAAACGUAAAACACGUAGAAAGGGUGAUGGGAAAGGGCCUCAGUCUAAUCUUGAUGAUUAUGCUGCUAUUGAUAACCACAACAUUAAUUUGAUUUAUUUGAGACGCAAUUUGGUUGAGGACCUGAUUGACGAUACUGAAAACUUCCAUGACAAAGUAGUUGGUGCAUUUGCAAGAAUAAGAAUUUCUGGUACUGGUCAAAAGCAAGACUUGUACAGGCUGGUCCAAGUUGUUGGUACAACCAAAGCUGCUGAGCCAUAUAAAGUUGGUAAAAAGACGACAGAUACCUUGCUAGAGAUAUUAAACUUAAACAAGACUGAGGUUGUAUCAAUUGAUAUCAUCUCAAAUCAAGAGUUCUCUGAGGAUGAAUGCAAGAGAUUACGUCAGAGCAUAAAAUGUGGACUUAUUAACCGGCUAACUGUGGGUGAUGUUCAAGAGAAAGCAAUGGCACUUCAAUCUGUCAGAGUUAAAGACUGGCUAGAGUCAGAAAUAGUCCGGCUUAGCCAUCUUCGUGAUCGAGCUAGUGAAAAAGGACGCCGGAAAGAGCUUAGAGAAUGUGUGGAGAAAUUACAACUUCUGAAGACACCAGAGGAACGCCAGCGUAGAUUAGAAGAUAUUCCAGAAAUACAUGCAGACCCCAAUAUGGAUCCAAGUUUUGAGUCAGAAGAAGAGGAGGAUGCAGAUGAUAAGAGAAAAGGAAACUUCAUGAGAUCUAGAGCUUCUAGCUUUAGCAGGAGAGGUAGGGAGCCGAUUUCUCCACGAAAAGGUGCAUCUAAUUUGAGUGAUACCUGGAGUGGGGGCAGGAGUUAUUUCAGCACAAAUCAAGAACUAAGUAGGAACAUUUCUAGUCGUGCGUUCUCUGGCAAAGUUGAGGAUACAACUGGAGUUGGUGAGAUAGUAAAUGACACAUGGAAUCAAGGCAGAGACAGAGAAAUACAAGCACCAAACAGCUGGGAAAAGCAGAGGAUGUCAACUUCAGAAACUGGUUCUAGGAAUGCCCAGCCUGGAGUAAUAUCUGAAUCUACUGCUGUCUCAGAGAACUUGGCAUCUUCUUUGCCUACAGGGGUGACAGAAUCGCCAUCUAAAAUCAAUGAAUCAGAAAAAAAUUGGUAUUACAAGGAUCCAUCAGGAAAAGUCCAGGGACCAUUUUCCAUUGCACAGUUGCGUAAAUGGAGUGGUACUGGCUAUUUUCCAGCUGACCUACGAAUUUGGAAAGCAAAUGAUACACAAGACGACUCUAUACUUUUGACUGAUGUAUUAACUGGAAAGUUCCUGAAAGACAAGGUUCGGGUUUUGCACAAUUUACCCCCAUCACCCACCCCAUCUGGGACUCCUCAAGUUACACCCAUGCAAAGGGCUACAGAAAUUCAAGUUGGAGGAGAAAGUUGGAGAUCUCAAAAUGAAAUUAGUCCUUUGUCAGGCAAGUCUGUUCCGACCCCAGUUGACGUCACCAAAUAUUCUUCAGAUACAUGGGGUUCAACAAACCUUCCGUCUCCAACCCCAUCCCAAACUCCCCUUGGUGGAGCGAAGGCCCAAGCUUAUGAAAAUAAGUGGUCAGGCAAUUCCCUUUUAUCUAAUAAUUCUACUAUGUUGGGAAUCAAUCAGUUUCCGGGUAGUGCUGGAGGUACACGAGAGAGUGUGAUGCGAGUUGCUGAAAAUGAUCCAAGUUCAUUUUCUGCUAUGACAUCCAAGCCAGAAAAGAUUAUGACUACAAAUGAUCUUCCAGUACACCAUUUUCCAUCAAUCUCAGCACCUAUGCUGAAUCAUGCUUCAUUAAAUACGAGUGCUGAUAUACAGAAUGUUGUAUCAAAUCUGCAGAGUCUAGUUCAGUCAGUUGCUAAUCAGAUGCCGUCUGUUCCAAAGCCAGAAAUGCUUGCCUCAGGUCCAAUAACGGGAACUGAAUCCCAGCCCUGGAGAGGAACUCCAUCCCAGAAGUUAGAACCCAAUAACCCUGGUAUCAUGCAUGCACAACAACCUUCUGCUCAUGUUCUUUGGAGUGAUGCUUCAGCUAUACACAACCCUGCCUCAUUUAACACAGGAAAUACAGGUGGGAACUUUCCGACAUCUGGUUUCUCAGCAUCCGUUCCUCAAUCUGAUUCCUGGAGACCUUCAGUUUCAAGUAAUCAACCAAACAUUCAACCUCAGGCUCAGGCUCAGGCUCCACCCAACAUACCUUAUAACAUGGGUAUUGUGGAAAACCAAAGCGGUGCGCCAAGACUAGCGCAGGACAAUCAAAAUCCUGGUUGGGCACCAGUUGCUGGAAAUCCAAACAUGGGAUGGAGUGGACAACUCCCAGGAAAUGCAAACCUGAAUUGGGGAGUUCCUCCCAGUCAGGGUCUAGCCCCUGGAAAUACAAAUCCAGGAUGGCCCAAUCAAGGUAGAAAUCAAGUUUCGGGUUGGGUGCCAUCUGGUCAAGGACCUGCAGCACCUAUAAGUGCCAACACAAAUCAAGGUUGGGUUGGGCAUGGUCAAGUGCAAGGACAAGGAAAUGCAAACCUUGGAUGGGGUGGUGUUCCAGGUGGGAAUUCAGGCAACUGGGGAAGUGAGCGAAGUCACAACACAGAUAGAUUUGCAAACCAGAGGGAUAUGGGUUCUCAAGGUGCAGAUUCGGGUUAUGGUGGUGGUAAACCAAGGAACAGGCAAUCAUCGUUUGGUAGCGGCGGCGGUGGUGGUGGUGGUGGAGGAGGAGGAGGAGGAGGAGGGGGAAGUACUUCCAGGACUCCUUUCAAAGGGCAGAGAGUCUGUAAGUUCCAUGAGAGUGGGCAUUGCAAGAAGGGAGCUUCUUGUGAUUAUCUGCACAAUUGAAUUUAGUGAGAGACUUGAUAACAGCCCGGCAUCAGAUUUUUGUACAGUUGUUUGCUAUUGAUGAAGAGUUUUGUUAUAUUAUAAGCAUUUUUAUCCUUUUUUUUAAAUAGAACUGUGCAGUCUAGUAGCUCACCAAUUUUUGCCUUUUCUUCUCAUAGUUUCUUCUUGCUUUCUUCUCACAAUCUGAUCUUUCUUUUUUCUUUCUCAUAAUUUCUCUCUAAUUGUGGACCCCACUAACUAAUUCGUGAGAUGCCAAUAAAUGAAUUUUUCAUUCCUGCA